AAAAGAAAUGUUCAUAUUAUUUUCAACGCUCGGGGGACAAAAUGUACCUAACAAUUUCAAAAGCUGCGCGAUUUCGCCAGACAUGGCGAGCAAAGUCCGUCAACGUUGUGCCAGUGCCACUUCAUCCAACAGCUUUAACUAACUUUAUACUCAUAUACCAAUCAAAUACCAAUACAGCACAAAUGGCGCCAAAAUCACAAGCGGACUUAACAACGACAACCUCCCGCCCGCCCGUUGCCCAGCAACCAUUCUCUGUUUAUUUCGCUCAGUGACGUCUCUCCCGAACCUGACGUCUCCACAUCCCAGCUGUUUCUUACCAUUUUACAAAGAUAUUUAAAUUAAUACCGAAUAUAAAGAAUGAAGAAGAUGUCGCUAAAGGAUUUGGCGCCCAUCGCGAUACCGCACGGGCCGCCGGUGGAAUGCGCGGAGGAAUAUUAUAACUCGUUGAUGCAGAGUUCCAUGAUUGUGAAAAAAUACCCAGUAUGGGACGUGGCGCGCCCAACCCCGCAAGUCCUGAUGGAGCAAGCCCGGCGAGACCUUAUGGAGGCGGAGGAGAAACUGGCUGAAAAGCGAGAGGAGGAGGCGAAGAAUCGAGCGGCCAUGGAUGUCAAGUGGGGGGAGCUGAGGGCUAAGGAACUGCUGUUGAAGGAGUCGUUCAUCAGCUUUAAUAAGUUCAUUCGAGAAAACCAAGAGAAGCGCGACCGAGCCGAGCGCAAGAUGGCCGCUGACGAAGAGGCGCUCGAACGGAAGACGCGGGAAACCGAGGCCAUGCGCCGGCGCGUCGAGGAGAUGGAAGAAGUCAAGCUCAUGAUGGAGAAGCAGGUUAAAGACUACACCAUCUAUGAGGAUUACUUGAUGGCAGUGGUGAGAAACUACCCAGAAUUCAAGCAACCUCUGGAUGUACUCAAUCGAUAUGAAGCGUUAGCUGCUGCGAAAAGCACGCUAGCCGAUCGACAAGAACACGACCUGGAGAUGCUGGAAGACGCAAGAAAGGAGAUAGCAUCCCUCACCGAGGAGAAGAAACUGUUUAUCAUGGGGCUCAACAACAAGCUUGCAAACUUGAGGUGGGAGUAUGACCAAGUACGCAACCGCGUGAUAAAAUGGGAGCUGGCGUUACACCGGUUGAAGGAAACGGCUGCGAGGCGCCACGUCGAGCUUUGUCACGUCAAGGCCGCUAUAUACAGUCUCUACGUCAAGAUCUGCAAGAACAAGGGACUCUCUAUCGAGGUGAAGCCUCAAGACUUCGAGCAACAGCUGGUCGUGAUUAUGAGAGCAUUGCUGGAGUUGAGGAGGAUCCACAGGAUCGCUGCCAAGCGCUCUAAGGAGAAGGGGGAUGCAGAAUCGGCGAUGCAGUCUUCGAGCUAGCUUUUUAUUAACGUUAAAUAAUAUAUUGUUAUAGGUAAUUUUAUUAAUCAUGGCCAAAUUUGUACGUAACAUUUUUGUUUGUUCUUUAUAGAUGUUUU